AUGUCGGGUCAGGUUUCAGAACCAUGCGCAAUCAUUCAGGAUCCCGUUUCAAAUACAAUCAUUGAUGAGGCCACUUAUGAUAAUGAUAACAAUUCGCAUGGAAGAUCUCCUUCGUUAUGUGAAGAUGAUAUAAAAGUGAUGGAAGUGAAAAGAGAAAGCACCGCAUCAUCAUACUGCGAUUCUCAGCGCAUGCGAUCUUCUGAUGGUUCACAGUAUUCAGUUGAACGUAGAAGGAAUACUAACGUGGAGAAUAUUUCACCGUCUGAAUUCGCAUCAAGUAAUCAAGAAAAUGAAGUCCGUUGGCGUCAUUGUGUAAACAAUGGUCAAGAAAUGUACAUUAACGAAGCAACUGAUGAAAAAUGGAUUCCAGCAACUGAUCAGUAUGGGAAGACAUAUUAUUAUGAAUUAAACACCCGUCAAUCUGUAUGGGCACUUGAAGAUUUAGAAACACCAGUUACAGAUACACCACAUUUGUCUGAUUCGCUAAAUAAUUAUUUAGACGCUUAUGAAUUGAAUCCUUCUACUGAAGAUUUCAUUUGUUCAGCAUCUGGAGAUGAAAAUGAUGUUUUUUGUGUUGAUCAAUACCCGUCUGUAUCCAGAAUGUCGAGUAUGAAUAAAGUUAAUCGGAGAAUGAUGAGUCAGUCUAAAAUGUCUCAUGGGAAUUCACAUUUACCUACUGAAGUCGGUUCAACACAAGUUAUCAGUAGACCUUUCAGCUUAAUCAGUCUUGAUGAUCACGAUCAAGGAACCGGUGGACGUGUUCCUAUAAAGAAUCUAUGCAAAGAACAUAUCAGUGGACCACAUGAAAAUAAACUUACGCACUUUGAACGACGUGGUACAGUGAAUCGUACUAUGGUAAUUGAAAAUGAUAAACGUAUAUCGAAAAAAUGGAUACCUGGUAUAUUACAUCUUUCUGGUCCAUUACUUUUUCUAUAUAAAGAUAAUAAAUCAACUUUGCCUAAAAUAAAUCAACCACUUGGUAAACCUGAUAUUCAAUUCAAUAUUCGAGAAGUAAAAAUUAGCGAAGCCAGCGGUGAACAAACAUCAAGAAAGAAUGUACUCAAGAUUGAAUAUCGAAUUGCUGGAAAGUUGAAUGUUCAGUUGGUACAAAUUCCAGCUUUGGAUUAUGAAUCAUGGAAGGCUGCUAUACGAUAUGCAAGAGAUCUUUUGAAAGAAGAUCGUGGAGUUACUUUAUCACGUUCAUUAACCAAACAUGAAUCGGUACAACCUUCUGUGCUGGACAAAAAAUUGUUGGCAAAAUUACGUGAUUUUUUCAGAACAAGACCGACUGCUGCGUCUUUAAGAUCUCGUGGUAUUUUGAAGAAUGAAUCUGUAUUUGCAUCAACAAUCAUGCAAAUAUGUGAAAAUGAAGAUUCUGAUGCACCUAAUUUUGUAAUUCGUGCAAUUCGUGCGAUUGAAGCUCGAGGACUGGAUCAUAUUGGGAUUUAUCGGUCAAGUGGCAAUGGUGCUACAAUUCAGAAACUCCGUUGUGCUGUUAAUCAAGAUAAUUACAGCCUGAAUUCUGAAAAAUGGAGCUUAGAAGUGUUAACAGGUGCAUUAAAAUUGUUUUUCCGGGAACUUAAAGAACCGCUUAUAACAUUCAAAAUAUAUCCAGAAGUUGAUCAGCUCUUGGGUGAUAAAGAUUUAGCGCCAGAUAUUAAAACUGUUAAAAUGCGAGAAUUGAUUAACUCCAUGCCCAUCCCACAUAUCAACACAUCUCGAAUAUUUUUCCAUCAUUUGUACAGAGUAAUGGAAUUGUCCAGCGUUAAUCAAAUGCAUUCUUACAAUUUGGCUAUCGUUUUCGGACCCAGUUUAAUUUGGCCAGAAGUAGAGUCUGUUGAAUAUAAAGCACUUAAGUCUGUACAGGUUCCAUGUAUAGAAUAUUUACUUACACAUGUAGAGGAAAUAUUCGGACCUGUAACCCCACCACCAGUUAUUUCGUAA